UUUAAUUCUUAACGGCCGGCCAUCCAUCCCAAGCUAGAGCUACGCCGCUUGAGUCAACACUUCUCUUUUCUCAUAGGUCCAAUGGUCUGGUACAUUAAGAGAGGCCACGCAUGGGCCAUCAGCGCUGGAAUCAGCGCCGCUCUCUCCGCCGUUUCAGCGAAGCUCUUUCCAUCCCAGGUUCUUCAAUACAGCAUGGUUGUAAUUUUCAACUUGAUAAUGUGGGGAUGCUAUGUUAAUAGCCUUAAAGCUCUGUCGUCUCUACAAGCUACUGUGACGAGUUUUGCUACCAAUUUUUUAUCUUCUGCAAUGGCUGGAUUUUACCUCUUCCAGGAACCUCUACCAUUACAGUUCUCUUACACAACCAAGGUCCGUUCGUUAGCGGCGGGGGCAGAGGUUCGGCUGUGGUAGAGAUCCGACGGCAGCAGCCCAAUGGGUAGUGACAAGCUCCAACCCCUGUAGGGGGUAUUCUUGCCCAAUCUGAAUAAAAGAUUAAUAUUUAAUGAAUUUUAAACAUUUACUCCUAUAUUUACCUAUUUAACAUGUUUAACUCCUAUUAUAGGAAUAAUCUCAAGGAUUUAAGGCCGAGUUUGAUCAAAUGAAACUGUUUUUCUGAGUGUAAUUUGGUUAAAAGAAAACAAAAAAGUUGGCAACAAUAAUCGCACCUUUAGCGGUCUUUUCCGAACAAUCCCACCUUUAUAUAAUCCUAGACUAAUCUCACAUUUGCACCUCAUCUUCUUUCAUUGAUUUCUGAAUGGUUUAAUAACCCGCUAUAUCAGGUAAUUUUUUUCCUUUUAUCUGCAAACCUUACAUAAAUAGUCUCACACUCCCACCUUUCAUCGUUCUUCUCAAAACAAUCUCAUAUAUCAUUUUUCUUUUUUCUCACUAGAAAUUUUCUUUUGUUAUUUCUAUCAUCUCAGCACAUCUUUUCCUUUUUUUCAUCUUAUUAUUAUAUUUAUUUUAUCUUUUUGUGUAUUUCUUGUUUGCCUUAUCAGAAAAGCCUUUUUUGUACAAAUUCUCCUCAAUAGUUUUUUUUUUCUUUCUUCUUUUCCUUUUUCUUCUUCUUCUUCCUCAUUUUCGCUCUAUUUCCAUUUUUAUGUAUUACUAUCGAUUAAUUCUCUUUUAAAGAUCCUUAUCCUGCACUAUUCAUUACUAGUACUACCUCCACCCCCCUAAGUUUGGGACAAGAGAAGGUGGCACGGUUAUUAAUAAAAGUGGGUUUAUGUGGUUGAUAUUGAAUUGAUAAACUAAGAAUAAAGUAGAAAUGAUUUAGAAUCACACAAACUUUACCAAAUAAGGUAUGAGACAAUCUUAGUGGACGGACCAAAAUGGUAAAAUUGAACAAUCAUAGCGGGACGGAGGGAGUAUUAUUUUAUUUCAAUUUUUACUUUACUUUUUAUUUUCUCUUUCUUCUUUGUUUCCUUUUUCAUCAUUUUAAAAGUCAUUGUUUGUUGGGAAAAGGUGCAAAUAGGCCCAUGUACUAACCAAAAAAGGUCAAAUAAGCACUUAUUUAGGAGGCUCUGUCCGGCCGUCGUCAUUUGGGGUGGUUCCCAGUGGAAUUUUUUGAUGAAUUUUUUUGAGCAUUUUAUUCAUCAAGUCUAGUUUACUCAUACCAAAUUUCAGCUAAAACUUCAAUCGGGAAGGCAUUCAAAUGAAUUCUUGAAGAUAACUGCGCUUCUAACUGCGCAGUUAUUUUCAAGAAUUCAUUUGAAUGCCUUCCCAAUUGAAGUUUUAGUUGAAAUUUGGUAUGAGUAAACUAGACUUAUUGAAUAAGACGCUCAAAAAAUUUCAUCAAAAAAUUCCACCGGGAACCACCCCAAAUGGCGACGCCCGGACAGAGCCUCCUAAAUAAGGGCUUAUUUGACCUUUUUUUGUUAGUACAUGGGCCUAUUUGUACCUUUUCCCUUGUUUUUUCUUGGUCCCUGUUCACCUCAUCCCUUUACGCUAGUUUUUGACAUAUUUAGUGACUUGUUCUAGAUUUCUUCCUACUUUUUCCCUUCUCAGCUAAUUUACCACUCAUCUAUCACUUUUCGUGUAAAGUGUACGUCGUUUUCUUUCUUAUUUUUCCUUGAUUUUUUUAUUUGAUCUUUAUAUUCAAUUAUUUUCCUAAUUGUUUUCACAAAGUUUUUUUCGUAUUUGGUGGAAUAUUGGGUGGACUUAGAUAAAUAUGAUGAUGCAGAUAGUAGAAAAAGUAAAAAAAAACAUUGAUGGUGGAAUUAUGGUAGCAAGAAGAAACAAAAGAAAGGAGAAAAAUAACAAGAAAAGGGGGGAAAGUGAAAAUUAAAAGAAAAUAUAAAAUUAGAAUGGACAAAAUAUCUUUUGUAAAAUAUAUGUCUGGGAAGGAAAUUUUAUAAAAACUCUCUUAAUAGAAUGAGAAAUAGAAUAUGUAAAUAUGAAAAAGAAAUAAAAAAGACAGGAAUAAAAAGUGUCUAAGGAUAAAAAUAAAGAAAGAAAAAUAUCAGAGAGAAAAAAGAAAAAGAAAAAUCGAAACAUGAGACUGUUCUGAGAUUAGUAAAGGUGGAAUUAUAUUCUGAGAAGAUCGAUGAAAGGUGGAAUUAUUGUGGUCAAUUUUUCUUAAUAAAAAAUAUUCAUAAAUGAGUUAUUCACGAUGGAUUUAGUUAGCUAACAAUAGAAAUUAAAAAAUUAGUUGGUCUAGUUUGUCAUCCACAACCUUGUCUUUUUGGGGGUGGGAGGGGAGGGGGGAAAAGAGAUCAAACAAGACUAUUCUUGGUGUUGGGACACAAGAAUUCUUGACACCACCAAAAUUUCUAAGUACUGCUGUCUAAUUACUAUAUUGCCUUCUUUUUUCCAGUGGUUUAUUGGUGCUGCACUUAUUAUAUCUGGAGUAUAUAUUAUGACCAAGUCAAGCAAAGUGAAAAAAGCAAACACCAGCUAGUCUCCCCAUUUGUUUCAUCCUUGAUGUAUCAUGUAUGUAUUGUCUAGGGAGAUGCCCUUGAGGCUCUUGAGUUGUAUCCUAGUCAAGAUGUUUUCUUUUGGACUGUUUUCAAAUCCCAGACCAGAUCAAACCAGACCUGACAUGACUUCUGCAGUUAUAAAAUACACAGAGACCAGACGUUUACCAGAUCAGACCAGACCAGCAAAUUUCAGUCCAAAAGAAAACAUCUUUAGUACAUGCCCAACGUAAACUACAAGUCUACAAGUAAUGUUCUGUAUACCUAUUAUGACAAAAAAAAGUCUUAGUACUGAUGUACAUGAAUAAUAAAGUAAAUUUAUACAUAUUAUAAGGGUCUGUUUGGUGAUCCCUUUCAGUUUAUCAAUCUAGUUAGUCAAUUUUUUAGUAAAC